AUGGAUAAGGAAAAGUCAUAUGAUCUAUUAUAUAAAUUUAUAAUUAUUGGCAAUACAAGCACUGGCAAAACAUGCACUUUACACAAUUUUCUUGAGGGAAAAUUUAAAAAAAACUCUUCUUACACAAUUGGCGUUGAGUUUGGCUCAAAAGUAGUGACUGCAAAAAAUAAAAACAUUAAAUUAUAAAUUUGGGAUACAGCUGGUUAAGAGAGAUUUAAAUCAGUAGCAAGAACUUAUUAUAGAGGAGGAUUAGGUGCUAUAAUCGUUUAUGACAUUACAGAUGUAGAAUCAUUUCACUCUGUAAAAUAAUGGAUAGCAGAUGCAAGAGAAUUAGCUAGAAGUGACAUUUGUAUAGCAGUUUGUGGAAAUAAAUGCGAUUUGAAAGAAGAAAGACAAGUUUCUUAACAAGAUGCUGAAAACUUCUGUAAAGAAAAUAAUGUGAUGUUUUUUGAAAUAUCUGCCUUAACUGGUGAAAAUGUUGAGAAUGCCUUUUUAGAAGUCACUAAAGUUAUCACUGAAAUGGUUGAAAAAGGUUAAAUUAGUAUGUCUGAUUUAAAGCCAAGAAUUACUGCAGGUUUAGGAGAACACACUAGAAAGCCAGACUUAUAAGAAUAAAAUUAAAAUAUGUGUUCUUGCUGA